AUGGGGCGCGAAGGAGGAGGCGACAAGCGCAAGAAGCAGUGGAUGGGCGGCCGCGACGGCAACAACAAGCGUCACAAGGGCGCGCUGGGCGCUGCUGCCACUGCUAAGGGCCACGGUGCCGUGCUGGUCACGUGUGACAAGACCAAGGAGCGCCAGAGCGUGAGCGACGCCCUCAACAUCCUGAACGAGGCGGCCGACAAGUUCUUCCCCGUGGCGGAGGAGGACAAGAAGGAGACGGACGAGGCCGCGAAGGAGGAGGGAGGAGACUCGGUGCAGAAGAAGCUGCAGGAGGAGAUUGCGGCGCUGCAGACGCAGGCCAAGAGCCGCCAGACGGGCAGGUUCACGCCGCUGGACACGGGCGUCAAGGGCGCCAUUCUCAUCCAGUUCAAGGACGACACCAUUUCCCCCACGGCGCUGCUGUCCAAGAUCUUCGAGCAGGUGGAGAGCACCAAGGACUUCGCCUCCAGGUUCAUCAUGAGAAUGACCCCGCUGGAGAAGGUGGGCUACUCGAGUGUGGAAGCCAUCAAGGAGUUGGCUGCUCCGAUGAUUAAGACCCACCUGGAGGCGUUCAAGGAGGAGCAGAAGGCCGCGGGCACGGACGAACCGCUCGAGUUCGCGGUGGAGUUUAAGCGCCGGAACUGCACCAACCUCAACAGCAUGGACGUCAUUAACGGACUCGUGGAGCUGGUGGGCGAAGACAAGACCAAGGUAAACCUGACGACGCCUCGCUCAGUCUUGCUCAUUGAGGUGUUCCGCAACACGUGCGGGUUCAGCAUUCUCACGGACUUCCACCGCUUCAAGAAGUACAACGUGCGCUCGGUCAUCGACCCGCCCGUCCCAGGCCAGCAGACGGCUAAGAAGAGCGACAAA